CAAAUCACCCGCCAGCCCCCAAAUCCCAGAAGCAACGACGAGAGCUCCGGCAUCGCGGCAUCAGAGACGAAGAAGAUGCAACUUCUCUCCGUAACUUCAGAUUUUGUUGGGCCUAUCAGUAGCCCUCAUUCCUUCCCACUAAAUGGAAACCGACGGACCAUAGUUUGUCAAAUUCGUACACACGUUAAGAUUCUUCAGACCUUGGCUCCCCCUUUGAUUGCGCUGCUUCUACCAUUAUCCCCCCUCAACAAAACCCCAGGAUGUCUUGUGCUCGCCGAAACGACAGAAAUAGAAAGAGGAGGUGCAUUGUUUAAUCAAGCUUGCAUUGGCUGCCAUGAUGGAGGGGGAAACAUAAUUCAGCCCGGUGCCACACUCUUUUCAAGUGAUCUCGAAAGAAAUGGAGCUGAUGCCGAAGAGGAGAUCUACCGUAUUACAUAUUAUGGGAAAGGAAGAAUGCCUGGUUUUGGUGAGAACUGUAAACCAAGGGGUCAGUGCACAUUUGGUCCACGUUUGCAGGAGGAAGAAAUUAGGCUUCUGGCAAAAUUUGUAAAGAUACAGGCAGAUCGGGGGUGGCCAAACCCAUAGACGGAUAUUGAUUUUUGCGCCAGACUAUUAUUUUCCUUGUUUACCAAAUGCUAAUGUAUGCUUCGUGUAUGAAAUUGAAGUCUUACCAGUUAAUAUUCGCCUAGUUCUUAUCCGAAUUGAUGGCCUCACAUAUGUAGAUGGCACAUCUCUAGCUAAUAUGACAACUGAAAAGAUAGGAUGGAUUGUAGCUGUUAUCCUUUUGAUAACUAGCAGCAACGUAUUAUUUUCCUUGUUUACCAAAUGCUAAUGUAUGCUUCGUGUAUGAAAUUGAAGUCUUACCAGUUAA